UUCUAAGCCUUUCCUAAAUCCCUCAUUUAUCUACACUGCAACACCAAAAAUGGAGUCUUGCUCUACUUCAAUGGAGGAAGAGCGGAUUUUCGCUGCUAAAAGCCCACCUCCAAAUUUGCAGAUAUUCCCAAUUUCUUCAACCCCUUUUGAUUUCUUACGCAGCGCCCCAUUUUUCAGACAACCUUCGCACCCCAACUUCCCAUUAUUGGUCGGAGCUUCAAAUGGUUUUCGCGACCUCCACAAAUCGUUUGCUUCAAAUGUCCAAAAUUGCGUGAAAAUGGUUGAUGAUUUCAGGUGCCAAAAUCAAUUUCUUGAUAAAAUCUUGUCGUUUCCUGCUUAUCUUCAUACUUGCUUCCAGGUUCCACGGAGAAGCUGCCGGAACUUGCCAAUGUUGUCGUCUACUCAAAACUUUGCGGCAAUUUUGCCCGGGGAUUCGGUGGCCGGAGUGGUGGUUGCCAGCGGGCUUUCAAAUUUCUUGAACAUCUACAACACAUUGCUCAUUGUGAGGCUGGUUUUGACUUGGUUCCCGAAUGCCCCUCCGGCCGUUGUUAGUCCUCUCAGCACACUGUGUGACCCAUACUUGAACAUAUUCCGAGGGAUCAUUCCACCGUUGGGAGGGUUGGAUCUUUCACCUGUAUUAGCAUUUCUUGUACUAAAUGCAUUCACAAGCACAGCUGCUGCAUUGCCUGCUGAACUCCCACCGGCCGCGGUCGACGCCGGCGCUUCUAAGUCUCAUCCGACGUCGACGUCGCACGAGAAAUGGAUGAGAAGGCUUGCCGGAGCUCAGCCUAAAAGGUCCAGCAGUGAUAAAAUGUAGAAUGCUUCUGCUUUCCUAUUUUCAUCAACUAUAGCAUUUCCUGUUACACAAUUGCGAUUUUCUUGUUCGAGUUUGAGUUUGAGUUCGAGUUCAUGUACGAUGUUUUUGUCUAUGAAUUUGAACCAAGACUUGCACA